AUGGACUGGCAGCUGAACCUGCUGCUGUACCUGGCGCUCUUCUUCUUCCUGCUCUUCCUGCUCUUCCUGCUGCUCUUCGUGGUCAUCAAGCAGCUCAAGAACUCGGUGGCCAGCACGGCGGGCGCGCUGCAGCCGGGACGCCCGUCCCUGCACCGCGAGCCCUGGGCCUUUGCCCACGAGCAGGCGGUGUGA